AUGCGCAGCUUCUUGAUUGGAUCUCCUAGUCUUUCUGGGCGUGCGCUGUCGCGUUUGAUCAGUCUGGCAUGUUCAGUCGCUUUUAUCCUAUUUGGUUAUGAACAGGGAGUAAUGGGCGGUAUUAUCACUGGCCCGGCCUUCACGCAACAGUUCCCCUCGAUCAACACCACCACGGGUAAUGGUAAUACUCAGCUGCAGGGAUUCACGGUUGCCAUUUACAACAUCGGAUGCUGGGCCGGCUCUUUGCUUACCAUGGUGGUUGGAGAACGUUUGGGUCGGAAGAAGACUAUCAUCGUUGGUGCUACCGUUCUUGCCAUUGGGACGGUGAUUCAAUGCUCGUCUUACAGCCUCGCACAGUUACUUGUUGGACGAAUCAUUACCGGCACGGGGAACGGCAUCAUCACUUCCACAAUCCCUGUCUGGCAUGCUGAACUAUGCAAAGCAGAAUCUAGAGGCAAGUUCGUUACCGUGGAACUCUCCACUAACGUUGGCGGAGUUGCGGUGGCGUACUGGGUUGACUACGGCAUGGGAUACGUCAACAGUGGUGCACAAUGGCGCUUCCCGAUCGCCCUGCAGGUCUUCUUUGCGCUGUCGACCGUCUCCCUCGUCACGUUCUUGCCAGAGACUCCACGGUGGCUUCUCUCUCACGGCAUGGAUGCUGAGGCUAAAGACAUCCUGACUCGUCUCCAUGUCGAGGAGAAUGCCUCGGCCGCGGAACGCGAACGUCUUGAAAUUGUCGCGGCUAUCGCACAGGAGCGGGAAGCCCAGGAGCGUCUGGGUGGCAAGGGUUCCAUCAGCACCAUUUUCACCAAUGGAGAGCAGCGCUUCUUCUAUAGAACCAUGCUAAGCGUAUGGGCAAUGAUCAUGCAGCAACUCACCGGCAUUAACUUGAUCACUUACUACGCUCCGUACAUCUUCAUCAAGAGUGUCAGGUUCUCCCAGAGGCUGUCGGCGCUCAUGUCCGGCUUCCUGAGCUUGUUCUACUGGCUUUCAACCCUUCCUCCGAUCUUCAUGAUCGACAGGGUCGGUCGCCGCCCGCUACUGCUGAUUGGCCUGAUCGGCAUGGCAUGCAGCAUGUUCGUCCUUGCAGGCACAACCUCUGUUGUGAGCUUCGCCCCUGGUGUCGUCGCGACGGUCGCGCUCUUCGCCUAUGAUUUCUUCUUCGGCAUCGGAUGGAUCCCAGGCCCGUGGUUACUUGCUUCGGAGUACGCGCCGCUCACCAUCCGCUCGCAAUCCGCGGCGCUCGCGACGUCAGCCACCUGGAUCUUUACGUUCUUGGUCGCCGAGAUCACCCCAGUUGCAAUUGACAAUAUCAGGUGGAAGACAUACAUCAUCUUCGGUGUCUUCAAUGUGGUGUUCUUCCCCAUCGUUUACUACUUCUACCCUGAGACGAAAGGCAAGACACUGGAGCAGAUUGAUUUACUUUUCUCCGGUCCGAAGGUGCUCAUCGAUAUCUCGCAGGCGGAGCUGCUUGAGAUGCAGGGCAAGCAUAUCGAGAUGGCUGUCAAGGCGCGCAAGGUCGAUGUCGACGAGUACGACGCCGAAAAGAUGUCCACGACGCAUUACAUCGAAGGGGCCAAGGUAUAA